UUUUUAUAAAUUUAAAAAAAUCUGUCUUAACUGUUAAGUUGAAAACUGUGAUGAGUUUCCUGUUUGGCUCCAAAAAUACUAAAACAUUUAAGCCAAAAAAAAGCAUACCAGAAGGUACUCAUCAGUAUGAUUUGUUAAAGCAUGCUGAAGCUACUCUUGGUUCUGGAAACUUGCGCAAUGCAGUCAUGUUACCAGAGGGUGAAGAUCUUAAUGAGUGGAUCGCAGUGAACACAGUAGAUUUUUUUAAUCAAAUAAACAUGUUGUUUGGUACAAUAACAGACCAUUGUACUUCUGAAUCAUGUCCCGUUAUGUCUGCAGGACCGAAGUUUGAGUAUUUAUGGGCAGAUGGCACAUCUGUGAAAAAGCCAAUAAAAUGUUCUGCUCCUAAGUAUAUAGAUUAUUUAAUGACAUGGGUGCAAGAUCAAUUGGACAAUGAAGCGCUCUUUCCAUCAAAAAUCGGCGUCCCAUUUCCUAAAAAUUUUGUAUCUAUUGCCAAGACUAUUUUGAAAAGGUUGUUUCGUGUUUAUGCACACAUUUAUCACCAGCAUUUCCCUCAAGUUGUCAGUUUAGGUGAAGAAGCACAUCUUAAUACUUCAUUCAAACAUUUUAUAUAUUUUGUCCAAGAGUUUGGAUUGAUUGACAAAAGAGAGCUAGCUCCUUUGCAAGAACUUAUGGAUAAGUUAAUUAAUAAAUAAUUAUUUCAGUUUGCAGAGCAUCACGUUUUUUCGACGUAAGGCUUGCAAAAGUUGCUUAAAGAGAUCUCAUUGGCCUUUUGCUUAAAUGUCAUAAAUUGGCAAUAAUCCAACAAUUUUGUAGCUUUUAGAUAUUCUUUUUAAAGCUAUAAACUUUCAUAACUACUUUUAUUAGUUAAAGCAUUUGCUUGUUUACCCAGCAAUUUCACUUUAGGUGCUGGCUGGGUACAGAGAUUUUGUUUAUUUUUAUUUUAUUAUCAUUUACUUUGUCUUUUUUAAACAUUAAAUACCCAUAACAAUCUUUUGUAGUAAGAGCUGUAUUUUAUUUUAUUGUUUGCACAGUGUGCACAUUAUUUUAUUGUAUUCUGUUAGCUAGUUAAAUAAGUUUUUAUAAUAUAUAUUAUAUAGCUCUUUAUAUGUCUACAGAAAUAGUUCUUAUUUCUCCACAAAUAUAUCUGAUUUUUUGUAUACAAUUCCGUAUUAACUUUGCACACAUAAUUUUAUAUAUGAUUCCACGCGAUUUUUUUUUUUCAUAUUUCCUAUAUAUAAGUUUAUAUAUAUACGGUUUGCAAGUGUCACAAAUAAUAUUGAUAUGUUAACUAUUUAUAAUAUUUUUCAUUCAAAAAAAAAAUGUUUUGUGAUUGAAUAAAUAAAAUAUAUCUACUGUAUAUGAUGCACGUGCAAUGAUAGAACAAAUUAAUUUUUAGAUGUUUUUUUAUGUCGAUGUAUUUUUUUUUAUACUAAAUGCACAAAUCAUUUGCAGAUGUAAACGGUGUAAAUUGCGUAUAAUUUUUAUACCUUAAAUUGUUAGUUUUUGUUA